AUGUGUAACUCCAACGUCAAGUCCGCCGGCGUCGCCCAGAUCGACGGCCGCCCGGUCCUGCAGCCGGGCGGCAACCGCGUCGCGGCGCCGGAAGGCGCCAAGCCGCUCAAGAAGUCCCUGCAGAAGUCGCUCUCGAUGCCUGCUGCGUACGACAAUGCCGCUGCCGCCGCCGCCAUCACCUGCACGGCAGCGCCCAAGAACACCGGCGCGGCGGCCGCGACGCCUUACCUACUGCCGCCUACUUCGGCAAAGGCGGCGGGAGCCAAGGCGGCGGGCGCCAGGGCGGCGGCGUCCACGGGCGCGGACAAGAACAGGAAGCAGGCGGGCAAGAAGAGCGGCGCCGUGCUGCCGGUGGUGACGUUCGCGGCGCUGGAGGCGUUCGAGCUGGCCGGCCCCGCCGGGAGCAUCGCGGCGGCGCAGCGGGAGCACGUGACGCAGGCGCAGGCGCAGCGCAAGAUGCGGAUCGCGCACUACGGCCGCACCGCCUCCUUCUCCCGGGUGGAGGGCAAGGUCGGGGCCACCGCCACCGCCACCGCGACAGCGCCCGCCACGCCCGCCGCUGCACCGGAGGAGAAGCGCUGCAGCUUCAUCACGGCGUACUCGGACCCCGUGUACGUCGCGUACCACGACGAGGAGUGGGGCGUGCCGGUGCACGAGGACGAGCUGCUGUUCGAGAUGCUGACGCUGUCCGGCGUGCAGGUCGGGGCCGACUGGGCUUCCAUCCUCAGGAGGAGACACAUCUACAGGGAGGCAUUCUCCGGGUUCGACGUGGACGCGGUCGCCAAGUACACGGAGAAGCAGAUGGCCUCCGUGAGCGCCGGGUACGGGCUGGACUUGGGCACCAUCCGAGGCGCCGUCAACAACGCCUGCCGCAUGCUCGAGGUGAGGAGGGACUUCGGGUCGUUUGGCAAGUACGUGUGGGGGUUCGUGAACCAGAAGGCGCUGUCGCCGGGGUACAAAUACAGCCGGAAGAUCCCGGUGAAGACGUCCAAGUCGGAGUCCAUCAGCAAGGACAUGGUCCGGCGGGGCUUCCGGUUCGUCGGCCCCACCGUGCUCCACUCCUUCAUGCAGGCCGUCGGGCUCACCAACGACCACCUCGUCUCCUGCCCGCGCCACCGCGUCUGCUCCUCUUCUUCCUCCACCUCCUCCGUCUAA